CAUUUCAAAUUAAAAGCCUAGUACAAACCUUAAUUGAGAUAGAGAAGCCUAAGUCAACAACACCCAGUCUCUGUCAUUAAAGAAGUAACGUUAAUACAUUCUAAUAAAAUACAUGGGCAAUAUAAUUCACAGCUUCAUUUCUUUCUCGGGCCAAAUACUGAAAGUCGAAACAACCCCAGCUAACUCAGCUGUCAAUGUUGUUGGCUAACGUUAGCUAGCUAACUCGAAGCAAAGAGUUUCGCUUACAGAUACAGAAAUAGCGUAAGAGCUAACCGCCUAAUAACAGCGGCGAAAAUAGCUUCUCAAUCUCUACAAAUUUCGUGACGACCUCGCAGUAGCUUUUGACAUUUCUCAUUUAACUUAUGGCUACUUUUAGCUGAUUGAGACAAGCUACCUUAGCUAAUGCUACUUCACUGUCUGGCUGGUGUUGGUGCUCGUGCUCGUUUGCGGACUUGAUACCAAGUGAACCGCUUUUAUUUACAGUCCUAACCAUGACUUGUGAAGGACACGAAGACGACCCGUUCCCUGUUGACGACUGUCUGUUUGCGGACACAUUUUCUCAAGAUAGCGUGUACACUUUAGUCGGCCAGGAGCUAAGGAUACGACAGGUGUUCGGUGCCAACCUCGGCGUGGCUGCCCCGGUGUGGGAAGCUGCGUUAAACUUGUGUCGUUACUUGGAGGAGCAGUCGCUGGAGUUGAGAGGGAAGCGCAUCAUAGAGCUGGGAGCAGGGACUGGUGUGGUUGGUAUCUUGGCAGCACGCCUCGGUGCAGACGUGACCCUCACAGAUCUUCCUUUGGCUCUCCCACAACUUCAGGCCAACGUCUCUGCGAACAUGCCAUCAGAUGGUUGGCCUUCUACCCCUCCCGACGUCCUCCCUCUGUCCUGGGGUGAGGACCACAUGAACUUUCCCUCUGACUGGGAUCUGGUUCUCUGUGCAGAUAUAAUUUACCUCCCAGAGACUUACCCACUGCUAGUGGAUACACUGGCUCAUUUGUGCAUGAACGUAGCAGUGGUGUAUCUCUCCUCCAAAAUGCGAAAAGAGCAUGAGACUCCAAGUUUCUAUGAAGUAUUUCUACCCAGCAGAUUUAAUGUGGAGCUUGUGCUCCGUGAUGACAAUCAAAACAUUAAUAUCUACAGGGCAUCCCUGAGGAAAGACCAGUGACAGCAGGGGCAACCUGCUGGGAUUUGGAUUAGUUACUGUACUGGGACCAGUCAUGACUCUGGUUUCUUGGGUGCCUUUUUAAAAGAUUUAAACCAAACUAACUAAAAACAAUAAAAACAUCACUGUGCAAAAUGCACAUCUGUCAGAGACAACAGCUCCUUGUUGUUUUCAGAUAAUCUAAUGUUGAUGUCAACCUUCUAUCAAGUGGCUAAUUCAUCACUUAAAAGUACUGAGUUUUAACUGAUUUUGUUUUUUGUUUUUUUUUACUUUAAGCUGCAAUUUUGUGUCUUAUAAAGCAACCACAACUUGUUACAUUAAUUUAUAUACCCUCAUAAACACAUUAGAGAGCUUGCUCCUAGUGGGUUUUCCUUGUACUGACAAAUGUUCAGCUAAUCAAUCUGUUGUAAUUCUACAGACAUUAAAUGUAUGUGCUACAUUUACAGGUACAGGUCAGAGUUGAGUUUACAUGGUCUUUUGAUCAAAUAGUGGAGCACUGUUAAAUAACUACUUCUUGUUUACUUAGUUGAACAUUGGUUUGUUCAAAUGAAGUGGUACUUUUAUUUAGAUAUUUAUAUGGCUAUUAUACUGACCAUUUUCAGUCACUUAAAAACCUGUAAUAGCUAUUAAUAUUUACUUGUUACUUGUUACAAUAAUCAUAUUUUCUUGUCUUUUUCUUGGGGUUUUGGGCACCCUGUAUCACCUCACACAACAUAUCCAAAAUCAGAAUUUUAAUGGAACUGAUUAAAUAUGGUAGCCUAAAUAUUUUUUCAUUUUCUGUCACCAGCACUAAAUUACAAGUUGUGAGCACACAUUUUUAUAUAGUUUGCAACCAGUCAUCAAAACAUGUACAGGUUCUCUUUGUGGUUUUAUAGAAAUCAGCCUAAGGUUAUGUUAAUGAUGUGAAUAUAAGAGUGACUUGGUUCUCAGCCUCUCAUGUCUUGUCAAGACUUGUUGUCACUCCCACAGAGAUCAUCUCCGCCGGUACAGCUUCAGCCUGCGGUGCAGGUUUGCUUAUAAUCACGUGACUGGAAAAUCCAGGUUUUUUAAUUUCUCGGUUUUGAUUCCAUGUCGUCAAUGCCAUGCACAGUGGCAACGACGACAAUCUCAGGCAACUUCUGCCCUACUUCUAAAAAUUACAUCUCACAUUUCUUUUCCACAUGACUGAUCGCCCCCUCAAUUAAAACACUUGACCAUCUUAAUGGGUUAAUUUAUCAAUACAGAUGACACAACGGCCUCUUUGUGCAUUCUCAGAGAUCCCAGCAAGGAUGUUGAGCAUGUUUCAAAGAGAGCUGAGCUGCGUUACCUUCAGAUUACACUGAAAACAAGUCACAUUGAUCACAGCUGAAAACCAAUUUUCUCAUUAAAUUGUUUACUAUAAGUGACUGUGUCCUACAUGAAUACUCCACUUUGUGCUUAAGUUAUAACAGUUUUAUUAAUUUUAUGAGACGUGUGUAUGAGUUUUUGUCUGUGGUCCUCUGAAUAGUUUGAAGUAGACAGGGCUCUGUUGGAUCCUGCAUGCACCAAUCAGGGUUAAAGCCAUAUUUGGAUUAAAAUCAGAUGACAUCUUUGGGAUCGUUUGCUUUUGUUGCUGUAGGCCACUGCCCAUCAAGUGUGAUCCAGCCACACCCACACUAUCCUGAUGAAGCAGAUUAAUUGAGUUUGAGUGUUAAACUUAAAUAAAUCAUGCCAAAGGA